AUGGAUUUCUUUGGCGAAAGCUUAUUGUGUAAGGCUAAAUCCAUAGUUUCAUCACUUAGUGAAAUUAUGCUGUGGGUAUCAAAGCUACCUUCUUCUAUACAAACCCCAAAAGAAUUUCCAACCCAUCAUGAUCAAUAUCUCCAACUGGGUCUCAAAACCCUAGUUUACCCACAAGCAAUGAGCCUUCAAAGUCCAGAUCAUCUUGCUAACAUUGUUCAUUCCAAAACAACACCAGCAAUAUCACCCUCUUCUUCAUCAAUGUUGCUUAGUCCUUCGACUUGUUCUUCAUCCGGGUCUUCCACAAUGGACGAUUUGAUCGGUACAGAGAGUGGAGUGGUUUACUUGAGCGCUAGUGAAUAUGACAUAAAAGUAUUGGAGGAACAUGAGCCUUACAAUAGUGAACAUGUUAAUAAGCUGAAUCGUCGUUGUGCAAUGACUAAGAAUUUCCCACCUCCAGUACCUCCAUUGCCUUGGGUUUUUACUAGACAUUACACUGAUGGAAAGCUAAUCCUUGAAGUUGAGAGAGUGAAGCAUUAUGAGUACUUCGAAGCACGCAGGGAAAAUGGUCGGCUUGUCUUAAACCUUGUUCAGCUUGACGAUAACAUUAAUUACGAAGAAAAUGAGGAGCUAGAGCUUGAAGAUCUCCAGCUUGUUGAAGAUCAAGAAGUGGUUGAAAAGAUAGAAGAAGAUGGUGCAGAAGAACAUCAAGAAACUGAAGCUGAUUACGAUGGCUAUGAUCAUAAAGUGAAUGAAAACUUGGAAGCGGAUUUUGCGACUUUAUUAGCUUCUUCCAUGCCUGGAAACUGCCUCACGGUUGGGAUGGUUUUGAACAAUUCAAGCUCAUAUUGCAAUGCCAAUAAGCAUGAACACGUUCACGCAUACUUAGCCCUCCCUGGUUCGGCUCCUCUUUGUCCAGUGACUACUGUGGUGUAAGCUUUGAGGGCUUAUCAAUUGUAGGGCAAGACCUCUGGUCAGUGCUACAGUUCAUCGAACCAAAUAUGUGACAUAUUUGUGCCACGUUGAGUACU